CGUCGAAGAAGAAAAAGAACACAAGAUCGGAUUACAAGAUGGCGGUCUGUGGACGUUAGCAAGAAGGCCGUUAGAGUUGUUGUGUUCUCUGUGAAUUUUUACUGUUUAACAAUAGGCCUCCCGUUAAGUUGUUUCACACCGUGAACGGAAUAUGUUUAUAAAAUAGCGACUGAUACAUUUCUCUCCUGUUGUGAAAUUCACUUAGACGUGCAUGUUGUGUAACAUGCGGGUGGAAACAAAGUUAACAGGUCGAGGGUAGAGAACACCAGACGGGGUGAGGUGAUAGCUUGUUAGCAUUCUGCUAGCCUGCUAGCUCCGACUCGGUUCACCAUGUCGGACACUCGGCGGCGAGUGAAAGUAUAUACGCUAAAUGAAGACCGUCAGUGGGACGAUCGGGGCACCGGACACGUUUCUUCUACGUUUGUUGAACGGCUAAAGGGAAUAUCAUUAUUAGUUCGGGCCGAAUCAGACGGAUCUCUACUAUUGGAGUCGAAGAUAAGCCCGAAUACUGCAUAUCAGAAACAACAGGACACACUGAUUGUCUGGUCGGAAGCUGACAAUUAUGACCUUGCCCUAAGUUUCCAGGAAAAGGCAGGUUGCGAUGAGAUAUGGGAGAAGAUCUGCCAGGUUCAAGGCAAGGACCCUGCCCUGGACAUUACCCAGGACCCCAUUGAUGAGUCGGAGGAGGAACGCUUUGAGGAGAUUCCAGAGACGAGCCACCUGGUGGAGCUCCCUCCUUGCGAGUUAAGCCGACUGGAGGAGAUCGCUGACCUGGUUACAUCUGUCCUCUCUUCACCCAUCAGGAGGGAAAAACUGGCCCUGGCCCUGAUGAGCGAAGGCUACAUCAAGAAACUCCUGGGUCUCUUCAGAGUAUGCGAGGACCUGGACAACAGAGAAGGCCUACAUCAUCUCUAUGAGAUUGUUCGGGGUGUCUUGUUCCUUAAUAAAGCGGCCCUAUUCGAGGUGAUGUUCUCUGAUGACUGUAUCAUGGAUGUGGUUGGAUGCCUUGAGUAUGACCCGGCGCUGGUUCAGCCUAAACGGCACCGGGAAUUCUUGACCAAGACGGCAAAGUUUAAAGAAGUGAUCCCGAUCACGGACUCUGAGCUGCGGCAGAAGAUCCACCAGACCUACCGGGUGCAGUACAUCCAGGACAUCAUCCUGCCCACGCCGUCUGUUUUUGAGGAGAACUUCCUGUCCACACUCACCUCCUUUAUCUUCUUCAACAAGGUGGAGAUUGUCAGUAUGUUGCAGGAGGACGAGAAGUUCCUUACAGAGGUGUUUGCACAGCUCACAGAUGAAGCCACAGAGGACAGUAAAAGGAGAGAGCUUGUGAACUUUGUCAAGGAAUUCUGCGCUUUUUCACAGACGUUGCAGCCACAAAACAGAGAUGCUUUCUUUAAAACUCUGGCAAAUCUAGGAAUUUUACCUGCUCUUGAAAUAGUGAUGGGAAUGGACGACCUGCAGGUGAGGGCAGCAGCUACAGACAUCUUCUCUUACCUGGUGGAAUUCAGCCCCUCCAUGGUCAGGGAGUUUGUCAUGCAGGAGCCUCAGCAGACGGACGACGAUGUCCUGCUGAUAAAUGUGGUGAUCAAGCAGAUGAUUUGUGACUCCGACCCAGAGUUGGGGGGGGCUGUCCAGCUCAUGGGUCUGCUCAGGACGCUAAUCGACCCCGAGAACAUGCUCGCUUCCACCAAUAAAACGGAGAAGACAGAGUUUCUGAGUUUCUUCUACAAGUACUGCAUGCACGUCCUCACUGCUCCUCUGCUGGCCAACACGGCACAUGACAAAAUCUCAAAAGAUCUGCAGGAGGGAUCAACUAAGAUCAACCCGGUCUGUCCAGGUGAGGAAUUUAACGCAACAGAGAACCACCCAACAGACAAAGCAUAUAACUUCCAGACGGCUCAGCUGCUGGCACUGAUCCUAGAGCUGCUGACCUUCUGUGUGGAGCACCACACCUACCACAUCAAGACCUACAUCAUGAACAAAGACCUGCUCAGGAGAGUGCUGGUGCUAAUGAACUCAAAACACACCUUCCUCGCUCUUUGUGCCCUUCGUUUCAUGCGCAGGAUCAUUGGCCUGAAGGAUGAGUACUACAACCGCUAUAUCAUCAAAGGGAACCUGUUUGAGCCCGUCAUUAACGCCCUGCUGGACAACGGCACCCGAUACAACCUCCUCAACUCCGCCACCAUAGAGCUCUUUGAGUUCAUUAAAGUGGAGGACGUUAAGUCUCUCAUCGCUCACAUUGUGGAUAACUUCUACAAAGCACUUGAAUCCAUCGAGUACGUCCAGACUUUCAAGGGCCUGAAGGGCCGAUACGAGCAGGAAAAAGACCGACAGAGUCAGAGACUCAACAGAUAUCGCAGAGAUGCACGGUCGAUGGACGAGGACGAGGAGUUGUUGUUCAACGACGACGAUGAUGAUGAUGAAAGCGAGGCUGUGGAGAAGAGCCGGAUGGAGGAAGACUUCGCCGACAGCUACGGAAAGUACAUGGAAGCCAAAAAAGGAGCUGCCAACGGAGCUAAUGGUGCCAACAAUAACGGGAAAGCUGCUGUAAGCCCCCCCGCCUCACAGGCCGUCACUCCAAACAACAGUUCAGCUUCCUCCGUCAAAACAGUUGCACUUCCUGCCACACCAGUAGUGAAGACUGCUAUGGUUGGUUUGGUGGACUACCCAGAUGAUGAGGAUGAAGAGGAAGAAGAGGAGGAGGAGGAGGAAGAGCAGUCUCCAAGAAAGCGGCCCCGUCUGAGCUCUUAAGGCUAACGUUCCUCUGUUUGGUCGUAGCGGACGGACACAGAGUCCCUCCCCUCCUCCUCCUCUGGUCGUCUCAUUGGUCCUUGGCCUGCCUGUGCCACCUGUCCGUCUCGCUGAGGAGUCGGGCGAAGACGAGCUCCCACCUCACCCUGUCCUUCCUCAUCUCUGCUCCUCUUCUGUCCCUCGUGGAAGAGGAUGGACAACUUAUUUUCUCGAAAAGAAAAAGACAAAUCAGUCUGUUUCUUCAGCCUGUUGAUUUUACCUCUUCUUUUUACUCCUGUAGAAGAUCCCAAAUCUCCUUUCUGAACUCACCCCCCCCCCCCCUCUCACACUUCUUCUGCUCCCCCUGUUCUGACCUCCUCCUCAUCCUCCAUCCAAACGUACCGACCAGAGAGCCUGCGGUGGACGUAUCGAUGCCAAGGCGGUUUCCAACUCUGCUCUGUUGCUAUAGCAAUAGUAGCAAGGAAGCUGCGGCACUACCCCCCCCCCCCCCCCACAGGAGCCCUCACGUGUCCUCGAUCUGAACUCCCCCCUUCCAUCCUCCAACACCAAAAGCAAUGAGCUCCAGAGACAGAGGAAGCCAGUGUAUGAAUUUCCAGCAGCCAGUCAGGCUAGCAGGACGAGCCGUCAGAUAGAGCUUGACUGGCUGAGCCGUGAGUGCCGCCCUGCCACAGAACUCUUCAAUUCGGUCGGGAAAAAAAAAUGGUCUAUAAAGAAGGAAAAUGAUGUGUUGAGAGAUGAGGAGGGAGUAGGGGGGGGGGUCACACAUGACAAAAUGUACCAGGGUGAAAACUCAGUGGUAAUGAGGCUUAGAUCCACAGGAGCAAGACUCAAACCUACAAAAGCCAUGGUGUCAGUUCGGCCAAGGCGCACACACACACAACACAACACACACAGGACGACGCCUCACACACAGGACUGCGUUUGCCAGAAAUCCUGUAUUUAAUGACUUUGUUAAAAAGUACUGUACAGAUGUAUUUUUUUCUUUUUAAUCCUUUUUCCCUGAUCUAAUUUUCAAGGGGAGAGCGAUACCUGCCGACCUGUGUAUUUGUGGUGUUGUUGCACAAAAGGUGGGGUCACUGUUCACCCUUUUAAGUCCAGUUCAUUUGAUUCAAUGUAAAAUGCAGAGAAGUUGAAAAUGCUGGUUUUACAAAAACGUAUUAAAACUGCAGUAAAGUCAUUUUGCAGCCAUCAAUUUGCAGAUGUCUGGGGUUUUGUAUUUUAGUGAAUCUAACAAUUUAGUGGCCUCAUUAAGAUGCACACAAAGCCCAGCCUUUGUUUUAAUUUGGUGACAAACCUGAGCUGUCGGUGUGCUUAGAGUAGAUUUAGUGCACACUCUUGUAUCAGGAGGUUCAAGACUUGGCACCCUUCUCUCUGACAGAUCUCAGGUUCAGAUUUAUUUGCAUCAGACACAAAAAAAAAAGCUCCCCUGCUCUGUGACUCUGCUGGCUGGUGAAACAUCUUGCAAUUAUAACUGAAUGAAGAAUUCUCAUGAGCUACAAGGGGCUUUCAUUUCAGGUUUGACCCUAAAACAACUCUGCACAUCAAAAACAAGUCGAAGGACAUUUCUUUAAUUCAAACUAUGAUCAGAUGAGAUGUUUUUUUUUUAUUAGUUAUGAUGAAAAUGAUUUAACCCAAUGGUUGAUGUGCAGUUUUAGAGUCGAACGGUGUUGUUUAAGCGGAGUAUUUCGGACAUUUUAUUGUCGGGUUGAAAACAUUUCCCCCUGGUCUCACCACAAGCAACACUGAGAAGCAGAUGAAGGUAAUCGAUAUUAGCUAAAACCACCAGAUCACAGACCUAGAACUUCUGAGCUAUGAGCAGCAGGGUCGGAGCACAAAGUGAAAUUAUUAUUAUUGCCAAUGUGCUUUCAGGAGUUCAGCAGAACCCGAGCAGUCUGUCAGCGUCUCCCAACAAUAUGACUGUGUUGCUGCCCCUUGAUGAAUUUGUACCAAGUGCAUUUACUACCACUAUCCAUUCUUAACAUUUGUAUGACUUUAUUUGAUAAGUUUUGAAAUUAAAUGUGACCCUGACAUUGAC